AAUGGCGGUGUGAACGUGGUUAUUAUCUAAGCAAAAAUAUCGCACGUAUUCCAUCGAUAUGUCAUCGAAACUGAAAGCUCGUGCGGGAAGAAAGGGGCCGGUAGAUUUAAAUUGGGUGUUAAAGUACUUAAAAGAUGGCUUGUAUCCCCCUGGCCUUAAUUUUUCUGAGAAACGUAUGGUUCGCAAACGAGCGGAACGAUUUUGCUUUUUGAAGGAAAAACUUUAUUAUGUGGGAACACCAAGUGAUCAAAAUUUAGGUAAACAAACGAGACUUGUUCUUCUUACUGAGGAAGAAAGAUGGAAUGCCGUUGCAAACGCCCAUGUUGACCCUGAAGGCACGCAUCGUGGUUUGGAGCGCACAGUAGAAGCCAUCUCAGCACAAUACCACUGGAACGCAAUUUACAGUUUCAUUAAGGACUACAUCCGACAAUGCCCUGUGUGUAUCGAGCGUCACCCCAACAUGCUGGCUCCGAGUGGGCGUACAAGUCAGGAAACAAUUACGGGGGAGGUAGACAGCAAUGGGAUGGUCGAAGAGAUUGUUGUACAAUAUGUGGAGGAGGUCGGAUCAAGUGCAGCCAACAUCCGGGAGCAAAUACCACCUGAUCUGGUUGAUUUGAGUCUGUUUGGCCCAUUUGACCACAGUGGGUCACAGAAGUUUGUUCUUGUAGGGUCCGGGAGCCAGACAGCCUGGCUCGAGGCAUUUGUCCUGGAGGAAGUCACAACAGAGGUUCUAAUACAACACAUACAGGAUAUGAUUGUCAAGUAUGGUGAAAUCAAACAGGUGUCAGCUAGUGAAGGGAACAAGACGCUACUGCCCGUGCUGCUGUCUGCAUUAUGGGCACUGAAGGAAGAAUCUGGCUUGGAUAUCAACCUCAUGAAGAUAGACCAUACAGAAUCCAAGUUAUUAAAUGAAGCAAAGAGUUUUAUAGAGGCGUUCAUCCGAAAGAAUCCAGACUUAUGGCCGGACAAAAUUGAUUUCUGUCUUCUUCCCUUACGACUUGCCCAGCAACAUCCAAGCGCCAGCAGUUUGGCCAAUAAGAAGACUGAGAGGGAAUCUGAUGAGGGAAAGGCUGCAGAGGCGCUUAUGUCAGUCCGGAGAGCUGCCAUGUCUUCUGCUGCAGAGUUGACCCCACCCACCAAGGUCUCCACAGUCACCACUCCAACAUACACUGGUUCUGGAAUUAUUACCAGAGGUAGGAGGGGCAUAACAAAGCCUAAAACUUUGGAUCAUGACAGUUACGAAACUCCUGCCAAGCGAAGAAUGGGAGGUCCCCCAAGCACUGACAACUCUGCAAGAAAACAGGCCAGAGUUGAGGUGGUAACACUUGACUCUACCACUAUCAGCCAGGACACACCUAGUAACCAGGCCAGUACUUAUGAAGAAGAAAGCAGUGAUACAGACACUUCAGCCAUGAAUGUGCAAAUAGAGUCAACUGGAAAAACUGUUGACCUUGACACUUACUAUGAAGCCAUCAAACUGUACAUAGACAGUAACAGUUACCCGAAAGGCUCCUCCCGAAACUUCAAACGACUGAUACGAGACCAGGCCAAGAACUACAGCUCACAUAAUGACAACCUGUAUCAUAAAAUUGGGGGUCGUGGACAACAGAAGAAGAUCAUUAUGAAGAAGGAAGAUAGGCAUCAGUUACUAAGGGAUGCUCAUUUAAAAAUGGGUAAGGCUACAAUGGCGUCACAGUUGGAGUCUGUGCAUUGGAAGGGUAAGAUGUUGGAUUGUGAGGCAUUCGUGCUCGCCUGUCCCCACUGUGACAAACACCCUGCUAGCAUUGUUCGAGAUGCCAGUCUAAGGAACCUCCUAGAUGCUACGUAUUAUCACACACAGAAGCAGCUGCAGCUGGAUCGAGAGGACAACUAUACAGAAAUCAGCAAUCAUCUGAUAUACGAGGUUUUUUCUGACGAGUCGGUCGCUUUGAGGCUUGAACCAAUCAAACGACAGCUGAAGAAUUUCCGCAUUCAAGAUGGAGAGCUAUGGCACUGUCUGGGGAAUAAACUACAGCAUGUGCUACAAACGUCAGCAGAGAGAAUGAGUGCUAUUGCCGAGGCCCAUGUUAGGAAAGGCACUCAUUCUGAUUUCAACGCCACUUACCACCAUCUGUCACACAUGUUCUGGUUUGGUAUGAAACUGGACGUGAAAGUCUACACGUCCCUCUGCUGUGUGAAUGAGAACCGACAGUUGCUGGAGCGAUACUUUAACUUCAGGGAAUACCACAUGAAUAAUCCACCAGAAGAUAAUGUGGAGCCUCAAGCCCAGGAGGCUUUGUCCUCAAGCGAACAACAUGGUAGCUUGGAAAGCACAUUGCCAGCCCAACAUUCCCCAGGGGAUGAACCCAGUAUGGAAGAGACAACAGUUGAGGAAGUCUCUGCACAGGAGUUGGUCGAUAUUGUCGCUGACGGCACACAGGUUUCAGCUGUGCAAGAUAGAAUGCAAUUCCAAGCUUCUGCAAUCAACACCACUGUGGUAUCAUCUUCAAUAGAAAUGGACACGGCCACUAGCCAGCAGCUGAACUCCGGCAUGGUUUCCAUGGAAACAGAGUCAAGUGGAGAGAUAAUGGGGCCAAACCAUGGUGAGACGAUGUCAAUGACCUCUGUUGUCACGGAGACAGGAGAUGCUGGUGGUGGUUACAUGGAAACAGGGGAGGCUACUGUAGAAGUGAACACCUCUGAAAUGCCAAAGUUGACCCAGAAGCCAAGCUGUGUGGUAGUGCGACUAACACCAGAUGGUCACACGGUGAUCGUGAACGAGGAUGGAACAGAGACAGUGGCUCGCCAGGCGGGACAGAUGAUAAGCACCAAUCCAUCCACCUCGAACAGUGACAGUGUCACUCUCGCUGCGGUCAAAUCCAUACUUCAGGAUGCUGGAGCACUGGAAAGUCAUGAGUAUGUAGUGGACACGUCCACAAUAUCCAUGUCCACUCAAAUACCGUCAACUGACCCUCAGGCAGACCACAUGGAAUAUAUCGCCACGGGAGCUACACAGACAGAGGACGGUGAGGAAAGUGAUGAAUGGAUUUACGACACAGAUGAGGACGAGGAAUUGGAGGGGGAAACAGGGUACGAAGAUUACAGCGUAACUGGUGGGGCUGAGGAUGGAGACAGAUCCCCGGAAAAGAAGAUCGUCACGCCCAGACAACAUUUCAAGUGUAGCCAGUGUAACAAGAUCUUCUAUGGACCACUCAAGUUUAAAAUGCACAUGUACAAGCACACAGGCCAGAAACCGUUCCCAUGUAACCAGUGUCACAAGAAAUAUACAAACAAGAAAUCUCUUGUCAUCCACCAGCGAUCACACACUGGGGAACUGCCAUACCUGUGUAGUCUGUGUGGUCGUCGCUGCCCGAGCAAGGUAGCCCUGAAAUCCCACUUGAAGUGUCAUGAUGGACAGGGUGGGGGAUUCCCAGCCGAGUGUGACAUCUGUCACCGUAUGUUCUCCCGGAAACACCUCAUGGAGCGACAUCGUCUACACAAACACCUCAACCAGCAGACAGAGUUCAAGUGUACAGAAUGCUCGAAGGUGUUUGGCCAUCAAAGAAGUCUCAGACGUCACUUCAUGUCAGCCCACCUAAACGUUAAGAACCAUGUAUGUGGUUUGUGCGGGAAGUCGUUCUAUCGUAAGGAGUACCUGACAGGCCACCUUAUCCAGCAUGGCGGGGCGGUUGCAGAGGGCCUGGCAAAUCGGAAGUCACGCACAUGUUAUAAGCCCCGCCCGUCUGUGUUUAACCAGGACUCUGUGGUGCUCGCACAGAAAGGGGACGGGGAUAGCAGUGAGAACCAGGAGGGUCACGGGGAUCUCCUCGAACACCAACAGGUGCAGAGGAUCAUUCUUCAUCAAGAUGAAAACGGGCAGUUACGGGUGGUUGACAUGGCAACAGAACAGGAAGUGACGAGAAUGCUGGAUGCUCAGGGAAUCCGGGAGGGCAAGGCCGGGGAAACAAUGGUUGUCAAGAUUGAGGAACCUCGGGGAGAGCCACAGGUGGUUCAUGUACAGAAAGUUGGUGGGGAGCUUAUAGAAGUCCCGGUGGAAUACCAGCCCAUUGACACAGACUCUAUCUCUGGACAGAAUACAGAUGUGAGUGAGCAUUACAUCUACACGUCCACUCCAAGCGGUGAGCUAUCAGUCCACACCAGCAUCGGGGACGUCACAUCCCUCCCCAUGGGGCCCGAGGAUCCUGGGGAUGGGGGCCAGGAGCUUGUGUAUGGUCAGCCUGCUGUCCAGUAUGAGGUCGAGUGUGUCGGGGAUGUUGGUGAUGAGGAAGCCCUGUCGGCAAUCAACCUGCUGGCACAAGCAUCAGCUCAACAGUAUGAGAAUGUCAUAUCACAGAUAUAGAGCCUAGAAGAACCACUAACUGAUGGAUUUAAGCUUUGUCUUCUUUAAACUACUGGCACAAAUAUCAGCACAACAAUAUGAAAAUGGCAUCUCACCUGUCUCGAGGACUUGGCCUUACUGUAAAUGUUUUGUCUGCUAUAAGCCUGCUGGCACAAGUGACUGCAAAACAGUAUGAGAAUGUCAUCUCACAGACAUUGAUCCUAGAAGAACCACUUUAACAGGGGGAUAAAAGCUGUUUGAUUUAAGCCUUUACACAAUGGUAUACGAAUGUCAGAUCACAGAUUAAAAGGAACCAGUUGGCAAACAUUAAAAAGAACUCAUGUGAACCUACAUGUGUCUGAUCAUUGUGACGUCUAAUUGAGAAUAUCAUCUCAUAGAUUCCAUCAUCCAUCUUGUCAGUAUUCUGCAAGUUUAUUUUGUUAUUCGUAAUAGUAUACUAGUACUUCAAAGGCAGAUGUUUUUAUUAUAUGUCCCUUGUUUGUUUGGACAGACUUGUAUCUAAUCAUGUUAUGAAGUCAAGGAAUUCAUAAUGUUAAUACAUUUGUACUAACAUUUUAGUGUACAUUUGUUUAUUGAUAAGCUAGCUUGUAUAUAUUAUUAUGUUAUGAUGUUAAAGUUACAAAAAAUAAACUGAUCAUUUAAAUGAACA